GAGACGUCGCAGACUGAGCCUGUGUGUGUGUGUGUACAUAGAGGAUGGCUCAGUGCUCAGGUGCAGUGCUCUGGGAACCAGUCAAGCAGGCAGCAGGACCAGUUCAUUUACCCAGACGACAGAGCGCUCUGCUGGGUUAGGGGCUGGAGCUUGAGCCCCAUCUUGGACCUCCAACCCUGGAGCUCUACUGACGUACCUGUAACUGUUUUUAUACAUCAAUCAAGAGGACAUUUUCACCUGACUCUGGAUCAUAUCAUUAACUGUUUUUGUAUUUGCUAUAACUGGCACUUGUUUUGCACUUUGAGCUCUGAGAAGUGGAAGCAGCUGCCUUCACAGCGGUGGAGCCUGAGGAGUAUGUCCUGUCUGUGCCCUGCCCCAAACUGGACCUUUGCAUCUGCACAGUGUGGAUAGCUGCUGAGGGACACCAAGAACAAAAGACAGAGGGGGAAUCUUGAAAACGAGGAGAGGAAAAUCCUUCCUUCUCACACACCUGUGAGGGCUCCUCCUCUGACAAAAGCGCAGCCGAGGAUACGGGAGGAACAAAAAGAUAAUUAGGAGCUGAGAAGAAAAGGCUAAAGAGGAGACUCUGGGUCCACCCUCCAUUCAUCCCUCCAUCCAUCCCUCCUUCUCCGGUUUCCCACCUGUGAGGAUUAAUUGGACUGGAGCAGCAUGGCGCACGCCGCCUCGCAGCUGAAGAAAAAGGCGGAUGAGAACCUCAACGCUGCGGAGGACGAGAAGGAAAAGAAGAAGGCGACGAGGAAGCGUUCACGCGAAGUGAAGAAAAAGACGGAUGUAAAUGCCUGUUACCUGCGAUCAGCUCGGGCCGGGAACCUAGAGAAAGCUUUGGACUACCUGAAGAAUGGAGUCGACAUCAAUAUUUGCAACCAGAACGGACUAAAUGCUCUCCAUCUGGCCUCCAAGGAGGGCCAUGUGGAGGUGGUGGCUGAGCUCAUCAAGCACGGCGCCAACGUGGAUGCAGCGACUAAGAAAGGAAACACAGCCCUCCACAUAGCUUCCCUCGCUGGGCAGACAGAGGUGGUGAAGGAACUGGUCACUCACAAUGCCAAUGUCAACGCACAGUCUCAGAAUGGCUUCACUCCGCUCUACAUGGCGGCGCAGGAGAACCACAUGGACGUGGUGCAGUUCCUACUGGACCACGGUUCCAGUCAGAGCAUCGCCACCGAGGAUGGUUUCACUCCGCUGGCGGUGGCAUUGCAGCAGGGACACGACCAGGUGGUUUCCCUCCUGCUGGAAAACGAUACCAAGGGGAAGGUCCGCCUGCCUGCGCUGCACAUCGCCGCACGGAAAGACGACACCAAGGCCGCCGCACUCCUCCUCCAGAAUGACCACAACGCCGACGUGGAGUCUAAGAUGAUGGUGAAUAGAACAACAGAGAGCGGUUUCACUCCCCUGCAUAUUGCGGCUCACUACGGCAACAUCAACGUAGCAACACUCCUGCUGAACAGAGGGGCGGCUGUGGACUUCAAGGCAAGGAAUGACAUCACACCGCUGCACGUAGCAUCCAAACGUGGGAACAGCAACAUGGUGCGACUGCUGCUGGAGAGAGGAGCCAAGAUAGAUGCACGGACCAAGGACGGUCUGACUCCUCUGCACUGUGGAGCGAGGAGCGGACAUGAGCAGGUGGUGGAGAUGCUGCUGGACAGAGGAGCUCCAAUACUGUCAAAGACAAAGAACGGUUUGUCUCCGCUCCACAUGGCGACGCAGGGCGACCAUCUCAACUGCGUCCAGCUGCUUCUGCACCACGAGGUGCCUGUGGACGACGUGACCAACGACUACCUGACGGCGUUGCACGUGGCCGCACACUGUGGGCACUACAAGGUGGCGAAGGUGAUCGUGGACAAGAAGGCCAACCCCAACGCCAAGGCACUGAAUGGUUUCACUCCCCUGCACAUCGCCUGCAAGAAAAACAGAGUCAAGGUGAUGGAGCUGCUUCUGAAGCAUGGAGCAUCGAUACAGGCGGUCACUGAGUCUGGUCUGACUCCGAUCCAUGUUGCAGCAUUUAUGGGACACGACAACAUCGUGCACCAGCUGAUCAGCCACGGGGCUUCCCCCAACACGAGCAAUGUGAGAGGGGAGACGGCGCUCCACAUGGCAGCGAGAGCCGGACAGUCAAAUGUGGUCCGAUAUCUGAUCCAGAACGGAGCACGAGUCGAUGCCAAGGCCAAGGACGACCAGACCCCGCUGCACAUCUCAAGCCGUCUCGGAAAGCAGGACAUCGUCCAGCAGCUGCUGGCGAACGGAGCGUGCCCGGACGCCACGACCAGCUCUGGAUACACACCUUUACACCUGGCUGCCAGGGAGGGACACCGAGACGUGGCCUCGGCGCUGCUGGAGAACGGAGCCAGUCUGGGCAUCAUCACCAAGAAGGGCUUCACUCCUCUGCACGUGGCUGCAAAGUACGGGAAGAUCGAGGUCGCCAACCUGCUGCUGCAGAAGAACGCUCCGGCUGACGCUGCGGGGAAGAGUGGACUAACUCCACUGCAUGUGGCGGCGCACUAUGAUAACCAGAAGGUGGCGCUGCUCUUGCUCAACCAGGGAGCUUCUCCGCAUGCAGCUGCGAAGAACGGUUACACUCCGCUCCACAUCGCAGCUAAGAAGAACCAGAUGGAGAUCACCACCACGUUACUGGAGUACGGCGCCACCACCAACACGGUGACACGUCAGGGGAUCACGCCUCUGCACCUGGCGGCACAGGAAGGCAACGUGGACAUAGUGACGCUGCUGCUGGCUCGAGACGCUCAGAUAAACACUGGCAAUAAGUCUGGUCUGACUCCGCUCCACCUGGCUGCUCAGGAGGAUAAAGUCAACGUUGCUGAGGUGUUAGUCAAUCAGGGAGCAACUAUAGACCCAGAGACCAAGCUGGGAUACACUCCUCUCCAUGUGGCCUGUCACUAUGGCAAUGUGAAGAUGGUCAAUUUCCUGCUGAAAAACCAGGCGAGGGUCAACGCCAAGACCAAGAACGGUUACACUCCUCUCCAUCAGGCUGCGCAGCAGGGACACACACACAUCAUCAACUUGCUGCUACAUCACGGAGCAUCGCCUAACGAACUCACAGCUAAUGGGAACAGCGCUCUGUCCAUCGCCAGGAGGCUCGGCUACAUCUCUGUAGUUGACACACUCAAAGUGGUGACAGAGGAAACUCUGACAACUCAGACGGUGAUAGAGAAGCACAAGAUGAACGUCCCAGAGACCAUGAACGAGGUGCUGGACAUGUCCGACGAUGAAGUCUGUAAAGCCAAUGUCCCCGAAAUGAUCACAGAGGACUAUAUAUCUGAUGUGGAAGAAGAGGUGGAUGUUGGAAACAUCUCCAUCAGCUAUUCCUGUGACGAUGCGAUGACGGGGGACACAGACAAAUAUCUGGCCCCCCAGGACCUGCGGGAGCUGGGGGACGACUCGCUCCCUCAGGAGGGCUACAUGGGCUUCAGCGUCGGUGCGCGGUCACAGAGCCUCCGUUCCUUCAGUUCUGAUAGGUCCAACACGCUGAACCGGAGCUCGUUCACGCGGGACAGCAUGAUGAUCGAAGAGAUGCUGGCGCCCAAUAAGGAAGUGCAUUUGGCCGUGGCUAAGGACUUUGACAACGACUCUCUGAGGAGGUACAGCUGGACUGCAGAUGCACUGGAUAAUGUCAACCUAGUCUCUUCACCAAUACACUCCGGGUUCCUGGUCAGCUUUAUGGUCGACGCCCGGGGCGGCUCCAUGAGAGGAAGUCGUCACAAUGGCAUGCGCAUCAUCAUCCCGCCGAGAAAGUGCACAGCGCCCACCAGGAUCACCUGUCGACUGGUCAAGAGACACAAACUGGCGUCGCCUCCUCCGAUGGUGGAAGGAGAAGGCCUGGCCAGCCGACUGGUUGAGGUCGGUCCGGCCGGAGCUCAGUUCCUCGGGCCUGUGAUAGUGGAGAUCCCUCACUUUGGCUCGAUGCGGGGCCAGGAGAGAGAGCUGAUCAUGCUGCGCAGCGAGAACGGAGAAACCUGGAAGGAGCAUCUGUACGACUACAAGACAGACGACCUCAAUCAGCUCCUCAGUGGGAUGGAUGAAGAGCUGGACAGUCCUGAGGAGCUGGAGAGGAAGAGAAUCUGCCGCAUCAUCACCAAGGACUUCCCACAGUACUUUGCGGUCGUGUCUCGAAUCAGGCAGGAGACCAAUCAAAUGGGACCAGAAGGCGGGACUCUGAGCAGCCGGAGCGUCCCAUUGGUUCAAGCUUCUUUCCCCGAGGGGGCGUUAACCAAGAAAAUCAAAGUUGGACUGCAGGCUCAGCCGGUGCCUGACGAGACUGUGAAGAAAAUCCUCGGCAACCGAGCAACCUUCAGCCCCAUCGUUACCGUGGAGCCCAGAAGAAGGAAGUUUCACAAGCCCAUCACCAUGACAAUCCCAGUCCCGCCACUCUCAGGGGAGGGGCUCAGCAAUGGCUACAAGGGAGACCCUACUCCAUGUCUCCGCCUUCUCUGCAGCAUCACAGGUGGAACAUCCCCAGCACAGUGGGAAGACAUCACCGGCACGACUCCUCUCACCUUCGUCAAUGACUGUGUCUCCUUCACCACUAAUGUCUCUGCCAGGUUCUGGCUAGCAGACUGCCACCAGAUCCCAGAGACGGUGGGUUUGGCCAUGCAGCUGUACAGGGAGCUGAUCUGUGUGCCCUACAUGGCCAAGUUUGUGGUAUUUGCUAAGAUGAAUGACCCAGUGGAGUCCAGACUGAGGUGCUUCUGUAUGACGGACGACAAGGUGGAUAAGACCCUGGAGCAGCAGGAGAACUUCGAGGAGGUGGCCAGGAGCAAAGACAUAGAGGUUCUGGAGGGCAGGCCCAUCUAUGUGGAUUGCUAUGGAAACUUGGCGCCUCUGACUAAAGGUGGUCAGCAGUUAAUUCUUAACUUCUACGCCUUCAAGGAGAACCGUUUGCCCUUCUGUGUCAAGGUGAGAGAUCCCAGCCAGGAGCCCUGCGGUCGUCUUACGUUCCUCAAAGAGUGUAAGACCAUUAAAGGCCUUCCACAAACCGCCGUGUGCAACCUGAACAUCACUCUUCCUGCAGUGAAAAAGGAAAUGGAGUCAGAUGCCGAGGAUGAGACUGAAAAGCCAGAGCGACGUCAUACCUUUGCAUCCCUAGCCUUACGUAAGCGCUACAGCUAUCUGGCCGAGCCUGCACUGAAAACAGCACUCGAACGAAGCACAGCAGCAAGAACACUGCCUGCUGGUUACCCUCACAAACCUGUCUUUCCAACCAGACCUUACCCACCAUGGUCGACUGCUCCUAUUACCGUCCCUGGCCAAACAAGGCUCGUCGGAGUGGGGGGUUCCCUCACCUCUACCGAUUCACCGGCAGGCUCACCAGCUGCUUCUCCAUUGAAAACUACUUGGCCCCUUUCCUCCCCAUCACCUGCAUGCCCCGCAACUAUCAAGGCUACCUUGGGAGCUCCACCACCACCACCACCACCACCUACUGUGUCAUCCCCAGCUAAAUCACUUAGCGACCUGACAUCCUCAUCCCCCAUCAGGUCUUACAGGACUAUGCCUUCACCCAUUAAAACCGUUGUCCAGCUGGGCCAGUACCCCGUUCAGGGGUCUGCCAGCCUUGUGUCCUCUGGAAGCCCAGUUAAACCUGCCACAGAUCCAGCAUCUAUCAAAAGCCUUGCUUCGGCAUACACAUCAAGGACUUCCCCUCUUCACUCAAUACCCAAUGGUUCUAUACCAGAGAGGUCACCAGCUUCAGUCACUGCUCCAGCAUCGCCAAAGACACCUUACAGCAUGUACAAUUCUAAUCUGCCUUUUAAAACUGCCCUUGGGUCCACAGUUGCGACAGAUGCAGGUGCACCCAAUCUUUCUCCUGUUAAGAGCAUCUCCAGCCUGUCCUCUUUGAAAACCUCUGUAGAUUCAACACUCUCAUCCAGAGGAGGGAGGACAUCUCUGUCAUCUCUCUCCUCAACUGGGCAGACAACCAUUGCUUCCUCAGAAUUGUCCAUGAUGAACGGAUCGCUCUCGCCUGUUAAAUAUCCAUCAUCCUCCUCCACGCCAUCCUCUCCUUCUUCUCGGCAUCUCACAGAGAGAAGUAGCAGCCUUCAGGAGAGGAUCCUGGCCACCACCCAGGCUGCAACCUCCAGUGUCAGCGCAGCCAUAAAUGAAGCUAUAGACUCAUAUUCUGUGUCAGGCUAUGGCACUCUUAGAUCGCUGUCCUCCUCGCGUAGAUCUGCAGCUCCAAGCUCUGCUUAUGGUUCUCUGAGAUCUGGAGCUGCCUCCUCCAGCUCUGCAGUUUCUUCUAACACAGUGACUGUACCUGUGUACUCGUUAGUCAACGUCAUUCCAGAGACCCCUGUCAAACCAGGGCCAGGGUCUCUCAAAAUGGCACUGCCUGAUUCUUCUCGUGCCUCGUCCUCGUCUUCUUCCUCUUUGUCUACCUGUGUUACCGCAUCAAAAAUAAAGUCCCAACUUAAAUCCCCUCCGUUUAUCACACCACCCAUCAUCCACCCAACUGGAACUUCCAACCAGGAGAUACUAAAAGAUGUAGCAGACAUGAAAGAGGAUCUGAUCAGAAUGACAGCUAUCCUACAGACAGACACACAGACAGCAGUUAAAACUGUCCAAACAUCACAUACUGGCACUCCUAAAGAGAGCAAGUUAGAGGAUGAGGAGCCUUUUGCUCUAGUGGAGAAAGUGAAAGAAGAUUUAGUGAAAGUCAGUGAGAUAUUACAGAAAGAUAUCAAGAGUGAAGCUAAGGCCAUUGCAGGUAGAGAGAGAGUCUCAGAGGAUGAAUGGGAGGAAUUUUCCAAAGAUGAGAUCGAGGAGGCACAAAGAAGUGCCCUCUCAGAUUAUUACCCUCCCUUUGAUGAAAACACCCUCCUGCUCAAGCAGCAGUCCAUGUCAAGCAAAGACUUAGAAUUGGCUAAAGUAGUAGAUUUUCUAACAAAUGACAUUGGCGCGAGCUCUCUCUCCAGAAUAGCUGAGUUAAAAUGUAAGUACGAGGAGGAGGCAAAGAGGGAUGGGGAAGGGGAAGAGAAACAGAAACGUGUUCUUAAACCAUCUAUGUCAAUACAAGAGCACAAACUCAAAAUGCCUCCACCAGUCUCAGGCAUGCUCAGGUCUCCCUCAGAGAAGGAUCUAAGCAAACUUGCUGAAUCAUCAUAUCAGGGGACGGACACUAUUUUGGAGUCACCCGAGGACCUGUCCCAUGAGCAGGAUAAGAGUCCGCUGUCAGACAGCGGGUUUGAGACCAGAAGUGAAAAGACGCCCUCUGCUCCUCAGAGUGCAGAGAGUACAGGACCUAAGCCUUUAUUCACAGAUUCACCCAUCCCUCCCUGUGUUACAGAGACCAGGACCGAAGUGGUCCAUAUUAGGAGCUAUGAGCAGCCUGAUGAUCUGUGUGAGCCUGCACUCAUGGAGGAGUCUGCAUCUGUUCUUCCUCCAGUAGAGCCAGAGGCAGCUUCAGUAAGCUCCACGAAAGCCAUACAGAUGAAAAUGCCAGAAGAGGACUCAAUGAUUAACAAAAGUGUGUGUCUUAAAGAGGAAACUCAUAUAACUACUACUACUAGAAUGGUCUAUCACAAGCCCCAACUGACUGAUGGUGCAGAGAUUUUAGAGGAAGGUAUGUCAGUAAGGGAUAUCAUGAAAGCUUUCCAGUCAGGUAGGGACCCAUCUAAAGAACUGGCAGGACUUUUUGAGCACAAAGCUAGCCAGGAUUCUGUCAAAGGCGAUGAGUUGACUCCUAGAUUUCUUGACAGAGACAUUAAAUCCAAACCUAAAGUGGAAAGGAUAAUAGAGGUUCAUAUCGAAAAGGGCCACAGCACAGCAGAGCCGACUGAGGUUAUUAUCAGGGAAACCAAGAAACACCCUGAGCUUUAUGUCUACAAAGGGGACCAUGGAAUUAAGGAGCUUACUGAUUACGAUGAGGCCCAACAGGAAGAGGAGGAACUUACUGCAGAAGAAUCCCUACCCUCCUUCCUAGAAACAUCUCGCGUUAACACCCCAGUGUCACAGGAGGAGGACAGUCGCCCAAGUUCUGCCCAGCUGAUGGCGGAUGAUUCAUAUAAAGCCCUGAAACUACUGAGCCAACAUUCCGUAGAAUACUGUGAUGAUGAACUAUCAGAAAUCAGAGGCGAGUCGUAUAGAUUUGCUGAGAAAAUGCUCCUGUCAGAGAAACUUGACACAUCAUCGCAGUCUCACUCUGACACAGAGGAUUCAGCUAUAGCAACUGACAAGAACCGCCACCAAGUUUCUGAGGAGAGCGGUAGCCGCGGCACAGAAAGUCAGCAGUAUGGAAGCCCCAAAAGAGAGUUUGGUUCCAAGUCAUCAAAAGAUGGCUCCCCUAUAUCUGGUAAAUUUGUGCACAGGGAUGAACCAUCUCAGUUUGAUAAGGUGACAGUGCUUCAUUACUCCACAGAGCAGGGCAGUCCCAAACAUGCUGUUUGGAUGCGAUUUACAGAGGAUAAACAUGACAGGAGCAGGGAUAAGCUUCUCUAUGAGGAUAGGGUGGAUCAAACUGUAAAAGAAGCUGAAGAAAAACUCAGUGAGGUAUCACAGUUCUUCCGUGACAAAACAGAAAAGCUCAAUGAUGAGUUGCAGUCCCCUGAGAAAAAGCCUGUAAUACGAGAGCCAAAGGAACCAAGGUCCUGGCCUAGCUCAGUCUGCAGUACCCCUGAGAAAACACAGCAGAAACCUAAAGCAGAAGAUGUCUUCAGUACAAGUAAACUCAGGGAGCCUUCUGUUGGUAAAAUGUUUGGUAGCACCACUACGGCUGAAAAGAAAAGUUCUAGUUUACCAAGCAGUCCGCAGAAAAGCAGGCUCCCUCAUAUCAGUGAGGAUAAAAGUAAACAACAAACUAAAACCAGUGAAUCAGAACCUUCUUCUCCCUCUCAUGUAAAAUCAACAUCCAAAGUCAGUGCAGUGAGGAUGAAGUUUGAAUCUGAGGCUCAAAAACAAAGUCAGUCUAGUCCAACCAAAAUCCCCCCUCCAGUGCAGCCAAAACCUUCAAUAAAGAAAUUACAGGAAAGCAAACUUCCUGUUUAUCAGUUUUUUGCAGGAGGAAAAACAUCACAAGUAUCUGAAACAUCAGAAGAAGUAAGCCCGAAAAAGGAUGUUGAGAAGGACACAGACACCAGUAAACCUGCUUUAUCACCUACAUCUAAAAGCUCAAAAUACACAGGAGACAAGUCGCCAAACAAAAAUAUCCCAGAGCCCUUGUUACAAAGACAAAUAAGUGAAACUGAAACUCACAAAGCCACUACUACAGGGAAAGAUGUCCCUUCCACAGUUACUCAGGAAAUAAAAGAAAGCAAUAAAGAUCAGAAAGUCCAGGCACCUGUUGCUAAAGAAACAACUAGACUAGUAGAGAAAGUUAGUGAUGCUAAAAAGAGCCAACAAGUGACAAAAAGUGAGUCUGCUUCCAAAGAAGUAAUAGCUGAAGUAUCAAGAAAAGAGACAGACGAACCCCUUAACAAAAACCUCAGAAAAAAGGCAGAAUCCCAAAUUCCUGUAAGAACGUCUUCUACUUUAGAUAAUGACCUCACAAAGAAACAGACAAUAGCUAAACCCUCACAGAUACCCACAUUAGCAAAGAGCAAAAUACAGACAAGUCUUGAGACAACUCCUAAAAAAACAGAUUUGACUUUUGAAAUUCUAGAUAAUGCACCCAAAGAUUCAAACUCCAAUAAUCUUCCCAGCCCAAUAGACACACUGGAGAAAGUCAUAAUCCCUCCAGCUGCUGCAACAACCAAAGAGAACUUUAAGGGCAUCAAAACAUUACCUGUUUAUGUCAGUGUCCAAGUGGGAAGGCAGGGAGAGAGGGAGGCCAAAGGGACACUGUAUACAGUCAAACAGAAAUCAAGCUCAGCACUCAGCCCCAUAAGCCCUGAUGAUGACACACUAGAACAGGUUUCUUUCAUCGAUAGCUCAGGGAAAAGUCCCCUAACGCCAGAAACCCCCAGCUCUGAGGAGGUCAGCUAUGACCUCACGUCCAGGACCCCUGAUGGCUUUAUGGGAUUCAUGCCAGGGAAACCAAGCCCAAUCAUGGAGGUCUCUGAAGAAUCAGAGGAAGAUGACCAAAGCAAAGUUGUUUUCUCUUUUAAAGAGGUCCUGCCAGAACGCAAAACUAGUGUUGACACCACCAAAGCAGACCUGGCUAACGCUAAUGAGCAACAAACAAAAAGUAAUGAUAACCAGCAGGAAUUAACUUACAAUUUGAUCCAGGAAGAAACAACAGCCAUUGUCAGGCAGGAUGAGAUGACAGAGCUGGAGCAGCAAGAGGCCUCCAAAGACAAAGGUAUUGCUUAUAUUGAGUUUCCUCCCCCUCCUCCUCUGGACUCUGCUUCAGAAAUGUCAGACCCAGAAAGGAAAGGUUCCUGUGCCUCUUCAGAGACUGAGACUGAAAUGAUGGAAGUGAACUUACAGGAGGAACAUGACAAGCAUCUGCUGACCGAGCCAAUUAUACGUAUACAACCCCCUUCCCCAGUGUCCCCGGGGGAAGAUGACAGUCAGUCAAAUGAUGAAGAUGAUGAGUCAAUGUUCCAACCAAUUCCUUGUAAGAAAUUCACUUCCAAAAUUCCUGAUGAGGGGGAGGAGGAGAAGAGGAGUGAGAAGGAAAAGGCAUCGAAGCCCAAAAAACAUGACAAAAAUGGAAACAACAAAGAACCUAAUGGUGAGACAAAUGGCUCCAAUGGUUCUAAAGGUUCUAAUGGCAAAGGAGAGGACUAUGAAUAUGAACAAAAUGGAAAUGACCAGUCAAUAACAGACUGUUCCAUAGCCACAACGGCUGAAUUUUCUCAUGACACAGACGCAACAGAGAUAGACUCCCUAGAUGGAUAUGAACUUCAGGAUGAGGAUGAUGGUCUGUGUGAGCAGGCAGAUUUACGGCUGUUUGGUCUUCCAGACAGCCGGAGAGAUGUAUGGGCGACAGACACAUUUAGGUCUACUGACCGCUCUUUUCCUCAGACCAAACUGGAAGUUAUUGAAGAGGAGAAAACCCCAGAGGAAUGUCAAAAGGACACUCUCAAAAAAGAUACACCCUCAAAUGGUGGAAUACCUGACGCUGUUAGUAAGGAUGGGGACAUAAGUCAGGAACAAAACCAGUCAAAGAAAGAGGGAUUUUCAGACACUUACUUUAGCUAUAAAUUAGAAGAGGAGUUUAAUUCUCCUUUUAAGACUGUUGCCACUAAGGGGCUGGACUUUGACCCCUGGCCCAGUAAAGGUGGAGAAGAAGAAGUUGUUGACAUGGGAGGGACACGGGGAAGCAAUGGUGAGCCUAAGCCUUUUGGACUGGCAGUGGAUGACCAGUCUCAGGCCACAACACCAGACACUACCCCAGCCCGAACGCCAACGGACGAUAGCACGCCGACGAGCGAGCCAAACCCAUUCCCCUUCCAUGAAGGGAAGAUGUUUGAGAUGACACGCAGUGGUGCGAUUGACAUGAGCAAGAGGGACAUGGUGGAGGAGAGGCUCCAGUUUUUUCAGAUUGGUGAGCAUUACUUCUCGGCGGGCAGGUACAGGGUCAGGGACUUAGAGGUGGAUGCCUCAUCACAACACAUGGAUCAGUUUAACACUCAGGAUCCCACAGGUACCUUAACAGUCCCGCAAGUCUCCAUUCAGACUACCACUGUCCAGCUAGAAAUAUCAAAUGCAGCUGGCAGUUAUACCACAUGUAGAGACUCAACCUCCAACACUGAGCCUAAAUUCUCCACUUUUAGAACAGGAUUCAAGUUGUCAUCUGAUAAAACCUCUGAUGCUUCAAAUAGCAGUUCUAAAUGUAAAAUAUCAGGCAUCUUUGAUCACUCGAAUGACAUAACCUCAGGAACAACUGUAGAUACUUCUUAUUCUGUAACCUCAAGCGAUACAGGUUAUUGUACUUUUGAUACUUCAGGCAUGACAGCUAACUAUUUGAAUAAUAGACCAUCAGCCAUCACAGAUUAUUAUGCAGAUCACAGAAUUCUUUCAGGUAAAUCCAACCAAUUGGCUUGGACGUCAGGAAAUCACACUUACUUCCAAAGCACAGAUUGUUCUUCCACACCUUCACAACAAAUCAGCGAUCCCCAAACAUGGAGCAGCAAUACCAGUAGCAACAUCCCUGACUCCCAUUAUGUUCACUCAGACGGCAUGCAGGCUGGCAGUAUUGUGUUCAACUUGUUGUCUUCUUCUGGACCUACUCAGCAGGAAGUCAGCAGGAUAGAAGCAUCCUUCAGCCAGCUAGAAGAGAACAGCAAGGAAGGCAGGAUUCAUACUAAUGUAGCAAUAACAAACACAGGAGCCAAAGAGGUCAAAGGCAAGAUAUGCAAGUCCAGGUUACCAGUGAGGGCGCCCAACCACAAACUAUGCAGUCAAAGUCAGCCAAUCGUGAAAGACAAUGUUGAUAAAUUCCUAGUCAGGAAACGUGCAAUGCAUAUUGUCAGGGAAAGAUUAGAUCCUUUUGCAAAUGUAUUUCCUAAAUCUAGAAUCCCAGUAAUGAAAGCCAUGAAAUACUCUUGUUUCAAAGAGCAGAAGCAGGUUCAAGCUAAAUCUGCGGUUAGUGAUAGAAACAUUAAAACUGCCAAGGGUAAUAAACAGCUAACGAAAGGCAGAGCUAACACUGAACAUAGAAACAGUACAGCAAAAAUCCCAAUUAGAAGUAGCAAAAAUGAGACAAGGAGAAAAAACAGUGCAGUGGUCUCAAAAAGCGUUAAAACAAGGUCGGUCAAUAGCCAGGCAGCCAAACGUUUGGACCAGACCAUUCCCAAGGAGGCUGAAAGAAAGUUAGAGGGGAAAACACUGCCCACAGAGGACGAAGAGAGCUGCAGCCUCAGCACUACCAGGAACACUUCCUUGUCACAACCAUCUAGAGCCUCUAGAAGUUCCUGCCCUUCACGCACCUCUACCUCCACCUCCACCAGCACCACCACAUCAACACCAUCUGCUAGAGAUGUGAGAGCUGAGGUUGAGCAGGCCAGCAGUGAGAGGAUGAGGAGGAGGAAGAGUAGGCGGACACUUGGAGGGGAGGAGCAAGAGCAGAAGGAGGAAGGGAGUCAGGUUGAUCAACCAAUCACGGCUCCUGUCACGGAGAACCAGACUAGCCCUCAGAGUCCCUGUGAGAGAACAGACCUCCGCAUGGCAAUAGUAGCCGACCACCUUGGACUCAGCUGGACUGGUGAGUCUACACACAUCUCAGAAUCAAGCAUGAAGCGAUGAAAGAGUACCAUCUUUAUUAUGUGCAGUGAGGAACACCUGAAAUGAUCUUCUCAAUCAUCCUCUU